AUGUACAUCACUCUCUACUACUUAGUCACUCGCCUCCCUGACUCCCUUCGCAUAGUCAGGGACCACUUCCUCUCAGUCAGUCCCACCACUCUCACUAUUGACCUCCUCGAGAAGUCCCUCCUAGCGGCCGAGAAGAGCAUAGUCGCUGUAUGGGCCUCUCGUGGUGACCCGCGCACCCCCAUCUUUGAGGGGUGUUCCCCCUCCCCCCUUCUGCCCUCCGUUGCCUCUGCUGCUGCGGCCGACCUCCUUGGUCUUGAGUCGGUCGGUGCGGCGUCUGCCCCUAGCGGGAGACGCCGCUCUGGCAACGGCAAGGGGGGCAGGGGCACUAGAGGAGCGAGCGGGGGCGGUGGAGGUGGAGGUGGAGGCGGCGGGGGGAGUGGGGGUGGUGGUGGGAGUGGAGGUGGGGGUGGAGGUGUCGGUGGCGGCAGUGGAGGUGGAGGCGGCGGCGGCGGUGGCGGUGGAAGCGGAGGUGGCGGAGGUGGUGGCGGUGGAGGAGGCAGCGGAGGUGGCGGUAGUAGCGGAGGCGGCGUAGGCGGCGGAGGCGGCGGGGGUGGCGGUGGAGCUGGUCGCGGGUCUACACAGAGGAGUGGCUCUGGUAGUGGUCCGCGCCAGCAACAGCAGCGCGGUCGUGAGACCCUGUCCCCUCAGCAGCUCCGUGAGUGGUACACUGCGCGCCAGCGGGGUGGGGGUUUUGGUCCGUGCACCUACGUGCUGCGCACCGGCGACCGUGCGGGUGAGCAGUGUGGCGGUGCGCACCCCACCCAGCGCUGCUUUGGCCGCUUGACGGACGCGUGGCGCUACCAGUUCCCGGAGGCCACAGAGAUCCCUCGCUGGGGCGAGUUGUCUAGGGCGGGAGUUGCCAUCUAUGAUCUUGAUUUUGAUGCUAUCCUUUCUGCCAUGUAUGCUGUGUCUAUGAGUGAUGAGGGUGACUGUUACCGGUGUUUCCCGCCUGAUCCGGGCAUUCAGACUGCUGCUCUAGGUACUGGUGAGGCUGCUGCCCUAGGUGCUUGCGACGCUGCUGCUCUAGGUGCUAGUGCGUCUGCGCCCUCAGGAACUGGUGAGUCUGCGCUCUCAGGUUCUACGUCGGCUUCGGCCUCCCUCACCUUCACCCUUGACUCAGGGGCUUCUCGCUCCUUCUUUCGAGACCGCACCACACUCACGCCGCUCACUCAGCCUGUUGCGGUGUCUCAGGCUGACCCCUCUGGGGGUCUAGUCCUGUCUCACUUCUCCACUGUCCUCCCGUGUCCGGCGGCUCCCUCUGGCACCCUGUCUGGUCUCUACCUCCCCUCGUUCUCUACGAACCUGGUGAGUGGUGCUGAACUACAGGAUGGGGGAGUACACCAGUUCACUCCUGCACGUCAGCGUGUGACGCACUGCACAGAGGCUAGCACAGGCCGACACCUGGCUACGUUUACCCGUCGGCCAGGGUCGAGCCUGUACACACUGACCACUGCAUCUCCCCCGGUUGCUGCGUCUGCUAGGGUAGCUGCAUCGGGUCAGGUGUUUGCUGCAGCGUCCAGGGCCCUGGCCCUACCUACGCUUCACAUGGACGUGUGGGGCCCAGCCUGCAUCCGUGGACAGGGUCACGAGCGCUACUUCCUGCUCGUUGUUGACGACUACUCGCGUUACACCGCAGUCUUCCCCUUGCGCAGCAAGAGUGAUGUCACUGAGGUGCUGAUCGACUCGAUCCGCGCAGCUCGUCUCCAGCUCAGGCAGAGCUUUGGCUCGGACUUUACUGUUCUGCGUCUGCACUCGGACAGAGGCGGAGAGUUUUCUUCUAGCCUUCUGAGAGCCUACUGUCGCGCACGAGGAAUACGUCAGACCUUCACGCUUCCGGACUCCCCGCAACAAAAUGGGAUUGCUGAGCGCCGCAUUGGCAUGGUCAUGGACGUCGCUCGUACGUCUAUGAUGCAUGCGGCUGCUCCCCAUUUUCUGUGGCCGUUUGCAUUGAGGUACGCGGCGCAUCAGAUCAACCUACACCCCAGGGUCUCCAAGUUGGAGACCUCCCCAGCCUUGCUGUGGACAGGGAAGGUUGGCGAUGCAUCGGCGUUCCGGGUCUGGGGAUCUCGGGCGUUUGUCCGCGACCUGUCUGCGGACAAGCUGUCCCCUUGUGCUGCUCCUUGCGUCUUCUUGGGGUUUCCCCCUGACGCGCCUGGGUGCCAGUUCUACCACCCCACCUCUCGCCGUGUUCUGUCCUCCCAGGACGUCACGUUUGACGAGUCGGUCCCCUACUACCGCCUCUUCCCCUACCGCACUCCGUCCCUCCCCCCGCUGCCGCUCUUCCUUGUACCAGGUCCCCCUCCAGUAGACCCCCUCCCCCCUCAGGGUCCGUCCCCUUCAGGUGUGUCCCAGGUAGACGCAGUCGAGCCUAUCGAUGUCACUGGUGACUCUGGUGCUGCUGAGGGUGCCAAGCCUGGGGGUGCUGAGCGUGGGGGUGCUGCGACUGGGGGUGCUGAGCCUGGGGGUGCUGAGCCUAGGUGUACUGUGACUAGGGGUGCUGAGCCUGAGGGUGCUGAGUCUAGAGGUGCUGCGCCUGGGGAUGUUGAGCCUGGGGGUGCUGAGCCUGGGGGUGCUGAGCCUGGGGGUGCUGAGCCUGGGUGUGCUGAGCCUGGGGGUGAUGAGCUUGGAGGUGCUCCGCCUGGAGGUUCUCCGGGUGCUUCGUCUCUGCGGGAGCCACUCUCUCCACGGGAGCUGCGCGAGUGGUUUGCCCGGCGCUGGAGGCGUGCUGCUGGUGCUGGAGGUUCUUUGGCUACUAAGGGUGCUGCUGUCGUGGGUCCCGGCUGUGCUCGUCCUGGGAGUACAGGAGCUACUGGGCCUGCGGGUUCGAUUGGAGCUGGUGCUGCUGAGGGUGUUGGAGCUGAGACUACUGCUGGCGGUCCUACUGCGGGUACUCCUGGUACUGCUGGAGGUUCUGGCGCUGCUGGUGGUGCAGCUGGAGCAGGUGCUCCUGCUAGGGGUACUCGUGCUGUACCUGCUGUGUCUGGCGUCGCCGCGCGGCCUCGACCGUACUUCGUUCCACUCCUGCAGCAGGUUCUUGGUCUUCCGCCUUCUACUGGUCCUCUUUCUUUAGAGUGUCCACAGCCAGUCCCGUCACAGUUACAGUUGCAGCCUACCUCCCCUUUGUCUGCUCCUUCUCCCAACACUGGUCCUACUGGAGGUCUUACUGAGCGUGGUGAGCCUGCGUCUCGCCCUGCGUCGCCUGUCCGUGCUGCUCGCGCUAGUGGUCGUGGUUCGCGUCAGCGUCCUCCUCCUGUCCCUGGCAUGCACAGGAUGUCUCUGCGUCCGUCCAUUGCUCCUCUGCGUGCCCCUUUGCCUUCUCCUCCUGAGUCCUCUCUUCCUGCAAUUGCCGACCCGGGGUCGGACUCUCUUCGUGCUGCCAGUCCUACUGUCACGCGUCUCCUGGCUACUGUCAUCACUGACCCUUCUUUUGAGUCCACUGCUGCGUCUGCCCUAGUUGCUGAGCUUGUCGACUUUGCUGCUCGCUGUCGCCUAGACUACGCUACUAGUCUUGUUGCUGAGUCUGAGUCUGUCUGUCCUCCGUCCGUCGGGGGUGAGUGUGCCCUUGGCACGGACGUCCUUGAGGACAGGCAGGAGGAGUUCCAGUGCUUGGCCGCUGCUUCACCUCAUCUCGCGUCCGUACUGCUUACCCCUAAGGGAGACCCGGAUGCACUUGACAUCCCGACUCCGCGCUCUUACGCGGAGGCGAUAGAGGGUCCCUACUCUUCUCAGUGGCAGGCAACUAUGGAUGCAGAGAUGGCUUCCUGGAAGUCCACAGGCACCUACGUUGACGAUGUCCCCCCUCCUGGGGCGAACAUCGUCAGUGGCAUGUGGAUCUUCAGGGUGAAGUGGCCGCCGGGUUCUCCGCCUGUCUUCAAGGCGCGUUACGUGGCUCGUGGCUUCAGUCAGCGGCAGGGAGUUGACUACUUUCAGACCUUCUCUCCAACCCCGAAGAUGACCACUCUUCGGGUACUGCUGCACGUUGCUGCUCACCGUGACUACGAGCUGCACUCUCUUGACUUCGGCACAGCUUUCUUGCAGAGCAGCCUGCACGAGGAGAUCUGGCUGCGUUGCCCACCUGGCUUCACUGGGUCUUUUCCUCCUAGUACCCAGUGGAGUCUCUGGCGUCCAGUCUACGGUCUCGGCCAGGCGCCACGUGAGUGGCACGACACACUAAGGACUACGCUUGCGGCUCUUGGGUUUGCUCCUUCUACUGCCGACCCGUCGCUAUUUCUGCGCACCGACACUUCUCUACCGCCGUUCUACAUCCUCGAGUACGUCGACGACUUGGUCUUUGCCACAGUUGACACUGCGGGACUCGCCUACGUGAAGUCCGAGCUGCAGAAGAGACACACGUGCACAGACCUGGGUGAACUGCGCAGCUACCUUGGGUUGCAGAUCACCCGGGACAGAGCACGCCGCACCAUUACCCUGACUCAGUCACACAUGGUGCAGCAGGUCCUUGAGCGCUUCGGCUUCACGUACUCCUCGCCUCAGGCCACUCCUCUGCCUACUCGCCACUCGCUCUCAGCUCUGCCUUCGGAUGAGUCCGUAGAGUUGAGUGGCCCGUAUCCAGAGUUUGUUGGUUGUCUCAUGUACCUGAUGCCCUGCACACGACCUGACCUUGCAUACCCUCUUAGCAUUCUCGCACGCUAUGUUGCUCCUAGGAGACACCGACCAGAGCACAUGGCUGCAGCGAAGAGGGUAUUGCGCUACUUGUGCAGUACGUCGGGCAUGGGGCUAGUUUUUGGAGGGCGUAGUCCAGUAGUCCUCACUUGGCACGCUGACGCUUCUUGGGCAGACGACCAGGCUACGCAGCGGUCGUCACAGGGUUACACCUUCAGCCUUGGUUCCGGCUCUGUUUCGUGGAGGGCUACUCGCUCGUCUUCUGUUCUCGGCUCCAGUUGUGAGGCUGAGAGCUACGCUGGGGCCAUGGCUGCACAGGAGCUUCGCUGGCUCACCUACUUGCUGACCGACCUUGGAGAGUCGCCUCGUUCUCCUCUGGUCCUACACGUAGACAACAAGGCCAUGCUGGCCUUGUGUUGA